GGCUGUAGAUUUCCAUAUGGUGGAGGCAGGAGGGCGGGCGUGCGAACUGGGCUGAAACUUGGGGCCCGCCUCUCCGCGCCAGGCGGGGGCCGCCUGGGACCUGGGACCCGCGGAUGCUCACGGGGAGGGUCCCGAGCCCGCGUCGGCCCCCGCCCCCGGCCCGGCCUCUCCCGGACACUCCCCGCCUCGCCUCUGGCCACCUCCGGGCGCGCCACGUCCUCCCUCCUGUCCUGCCCCCCGGGCUCCCCCCGGGCUGGGGGCGGUAACCGGCGGCCGCGGCGGGACUCGGCGAGCCAGGCGGCUGGAAGCUCGGCCGGGGAGCGGGGCGCGGCGGGAAGCAGCAGGCGACCCGGUGUGUGGGCCAGCGUAACUCUGGGAGCCGAUUGAGUGAAGUUCUCCAUGAAUGUACGUCACAAUGAUGAUGACCGACCAAAUCCCUCUGGAACUGCCACCAUUGCUGAACGGAGAGGUACCCAUGAUGCCACACUUGGUGAAUGGAGAUGCAGCUCAGCAGGUUAUUCUCGUUCAAGUUAAUCCAGGUGAGACUUUUACAAUAAGAGCGGAGGAUGGAACACUUCAGUGCAUCCAAGGACCUGCUGAGGUGCCCAUGAUGUCCCCCAACGGGUCCAUCCCUCCCAUCCACGUGCCUCCAGGCUACAUCUCACAGGUGAUUGAAGACAAUACUGGGGUCCGCCGGGUGGUGGUCACACCCCAGUCUCCUGAGUGUUACCCCCCAAGUUACCCUUCAGCCAUGUCUCCAACCCAUCACCUACCCCACUACUUGCACCCACAUUUUAUUCAUAACUCACACACGGCUUAUUACCCACCUGUUUCCGGACCUGGAGAUAUGCCGCCUCAGUUUUUUCCUCAGCAUCAUCUUCCCCCUACAUUAUACAGUGAGCAAGAAAUUAUACCACUCUACGGAAUGUCAAGCUACAUUACCCGGGAAGACCAGUACAGCAAGCCUCCACACAAAAAACUGAAAGACCGCCAGAUUGACCGCCAGAAUCGCCUCAACAGCCCACCCUCGUCUAUCUACAAAAGCAACUGCACGACCGUGUACAACGGCUACGGGAAAGGCCACAGUGGUGGAGGCGGUGGGAGUGGAGGAGGCAGCACUGGCGGCGGGCCGGGGAUUAAGAAAACUGAGCGUCGAGCAAGAAGCAGUCCAAAGGCAAAUGAUUCAGACUUGCAAGAGUAUGAGUUGGAAGUAAAGAGGGUGCAAGACAUUCUUUCGGGAAUAGAGAAACCACAGGUUUCUAACAUUCAGGCAAGAGCAGUCGUGUUGUCCUGGGCUCCCCCUGUUGGACUUUCAUGCGGACCCCACAGCGGCCUUACCUUCCCCUACAGUUACGAGGUCGCCUUGUCCGACAAGGGACGCGAUGGGAAAUACAAGAUAAUUUACAGUGGAGAAGAAUUAGAAUAUAACCUGAAAGAUCUUAGACCAGCAACUGAUUAUCAUGUGAGGAUAUACGCCGUGUACAAUUCUGUAAAGGGAUCCUGCUCUGAGCCAGUCAGCUUCACCACCCACAGCUGCGCGCCCGAAUGCCCGUUCCCGCCCAAGCUGGCGCACAGGAGCAAAAGUUCACUAACUUUGCAGUGGAAGGCACCAGUUGACAAUGGCUCCAAAAUCGCCAACUACCUUUUGGAAUGGGAUGAGGGAAAAAGAAACAGUGGUUUCAGGCAGUGCUUCUUUGGGAGCCAGAAGCAUUGCAAGUUGACAAAGCUUUGUCCAGCAAUGGGGUACACAUUCAGGCUGGCCGCCCGGAAUGACAUCGGUACCAGUAGUUACAGCCAAGAGGUGGUAUACUACACACUAGGAAACAUUCCUCAGAUGCCCUCCGCACCAAGGCUUGUUCGAGCUGGGGUCACCUGGGUCACGCUGCAGUGGAAUAAACCAGAAGGCUGUUCACCUGAGGAAGCGGUCACCUACACCUUGGAAAUCCAGGAGGAUGAAAAUGAUAACCUUUUCCACCCAAAAUACACUGGAGAGGAUUUAACCUGUACUGUGAAAAAUCUCAAAAGAAGCACACAGUAUAAAUUCAGGCUGACUGCUUCUAACCUGGAAGGGAAAAGCUGUCCCAGUGAAGUCUUGGUUUGUACGACGAGUCCCGACAGGCCUGGACCACCUACAAGACCCCUCAUUAAAGGCCCAGUUACAUCGCACGGCUUUAGUGUCAAGUGGGAUCCUCCAAAGGACAAUGGUGGUUCAGAAAUACUCAAGUACUUGCUGGAGAUCACUGAUGGAAAUUCUGAAGCAGGCCAGUGGGAAGUGGCCUACAGCGGAUCAGCAACAGAACACACGUUCGCCCACUUGAAGCCAGGCACUUUGUACAAACUGCGGGCAUGCUGCAUCAGUACUGGUGGGCACAGUCAGUGUUCUGAAAGCCUCCCUGUUCGCACACUAAGCAUUGCACCAGGUCAGUGUCGACCUCCGAGGGUGUUGGGUAGACCAAAGCACAAAGAAGUCCACUUAGAGUGGGAUGUCCCCGCCUCUGAGAGUGGCUGCGAGGUCUCCGAGUACAGUGUGGAGAUGACAGAACCCGAGGAUGUGGCAUCAGAGGUGUACCACGGGCCAGAUCUUGAGUGCACGGUCGGCAACCUGCUGCCCGGAACUGUGUAUCGUUUCAGAGUGAGGGCUUUGAACGACGGAGGGUAUGGUCCCUACUCCGACGUCUCAGAAAUCACCACUGCGGCCGGGCCUCCUGGACAGUGCAGAGCGCCGUGUGUUUCCUUCACUCCUGACGGAUGUGUCCUAGUGAGCUGGGAGAGUCCUGAAAGCUCUGGUGCUGACAUCUCAGAGUACAGGCUGGAAUGGGGAGAGGACGAAGAAUCCCUGGAAGCCAUCUACCACGGCACAGACACGGGCUUUGCGAUAAGGGACCUGUUGCCCGCUGCACAGUAUUGCUGUCGACUGCAGGCUGUCAAUCAAGCUGGAGCAGGACCGUACAGUGAGCUUGUCCUUUGCCAGACGCCAGCGUCUGCCCCCGACCCUGUCUCCACUCUCUGUGUCCUGGAGGAGGAGACCCUCAGUGCCCACCCCGAUUCACCUUCUGUGUGCCUUGUACUGAACUGGGAAGAGCCGUGCAAUAAUGGAUCUGAAAUCCUUGCUUACAAUAUUGAUCUUGGAGAUACUUGCAUCCCUGUGGGCAACACCACCACCCACGUUCUGAGAGACCUUCUUCCAGAAACAACGUACCGGAUCAGGAUCCAGGCCAUCAAUGAAAUUGGAGCUGGACCCUUUAGUCAGUUCAUUAAAGCAAAAACUCGGCCAUUACCACCCUUGCCUCCUAGGCUCGAAUGUGCUGCAGCCGGGCCUCAGAGCCUGAAGCUGAAAUGGGGAGACAGCAGCGCCAAGACCCAUGCCGCCGAUGACACGGUGUACACGCUGCAGCUGGAGGACAGGAACAAGAGGUUUAUUCCAAUCUACAGAGGACCCAGCCACACCUACAAGGUCCAGAGACUAACGGAAUUCACCUGCUACUCCUUCCGGAUCCAGGCAGCGAGUGAGGCUGGAGAAGGGCCCUUCUCGGAAACGCACACCUUCAGCACAACCAAGAGUGUCCCCCCCACAAUCAAAGCACCUCGAGUAACACAGUUAGAAGGAAAUUCGUGUGAAAUUUUAUGGGAGACGGUACCACCGAUGAAAGGCGACCCCAUCCACUACAUUCUGCAGGUAUUGGUUGGAAGAGAAUCCGAGUACAAACAGGUGUACAAGGGGGAAGAAGCCACAUUCCACAUCUCAGGCCUCCAGACCAACACAGACUACAGGUUCCGCGUGUGUGCGUGUCGGCGCUGCGUAGACACCUCUCAGGAGCUGUGCGGGGCUUUCAGCCCCUCCGCAGCCUUUGUGUUACAGCGCAGCGAGGCCCUGCUUCCAGGGGACAUGGGGAGCUUAGACGAUCCCAAAAUGAAGAGCAUGAUGCCUACUGAUGAACAGUUUGCAGCCAUCAUUGUGGUUGGCUUUGCGACUUUGUCCAUUUUAUUUGCCUUUAUAUUACAGUACUUCUUAAUGAAGUAGACAAACCCAACAAAACUAGAGGUAUGAAUUUAAUGCUACACAUUUUAAUAUACACAUUUAUUCAGAUAACCCCCUUUUUACGCCCUUUUGUUCUUUGAUUUAUAUAUUUCUCUUGUUUUACAGAUUUAGCUAGGAAAAAAAUAUCAGUGUUUUGGUGCACCUUUUUGAAAUGCAAAACUAGAAAGAGAUUAAACUGGAUUUUUUUUUUUUAAAGAAAAAAAAGAAGGAGAAGGAGAAGAGCAAAUCAGAUACCAAAAGCUAGCUUUCUUAUCUUUCUUUCGUAUUUUCAGACCUGCCUCCUGUUUUCACUGAUGUCUUGUGCAAGCCUUGGAUUUUUUUUCCCAUGUUACAGUUUAGUAAUUUAUAUUCACUAGUCACUUCUACGUCUUGACCAUCUGUAGCUGUCAACGAGAAUCACAGUGUGUGUCGUCACAGGGCUAGGGUGCCGGUGUCGUGCGGAGUGCGACCACACGGCAACCUGCAGACGGUGUGUUCGCUCAGAGAAGGCUGCCCUCAACAACCGCGUUGUCACUCAGUUAUCUAACUGUUUAGCUCACUAAGAUCAAAAAGUGUACUUUAAUCUAAAAUGUUUUAAUAAUCUGUAUCUCUUAUGAUUUUAACACUAUGAGCUGCCUGUCUAAGAAAUCAAGUAACCAAAAUGCACCUAUAAAUUAUGGAGCAUUGUAGAUUUUACCACGUCGAUUUAUAGCAGUAACUUUAAAAGGGCAUUGUGCAAUAGUUAGUUGUUUCCUUGUUCAGCUAUUUUAAAAGCUGCUUUAACUUGUUUGUUUGUCUUUGUAUAUAACUACUUCUAAUCUAAUCACUAGAGUUAUUAUAUUCUGUUACGUUUGACCAGAGUUAUAUGACAAGAACUGGUGACAGUUUAGUGCCUCUGCCCAUCGUUCAUGAUUUACACUAAUUGUGAGAAACCUUCUUAUACGUCAGCUCAUUAUUUUUGAAAGAUUUGCCUUUAGGCUGUUCUUUGAGGUAUCAAAUGAAGUGAUUGAAUUUCCAUACCUUAAUUCGGUGCACAUAAUACUAAGCUAACAGCAGAUGAAAACUGGUAAAACCCAAGAGAGAGUCAUUCAAAUUUGCAGUUACUGUCUUUGUGGGGUUGACCCGGCCGUGUGCGGAGAGGGAGUGGAAUUUGGCUGUAAGCACAGGGUGUCUGGGGCCGAGGAGCCCAGAGUCUUUACCUGGAUCUGUCACUGACUCGCUGCAUGACCUGAACACGUCACUUUACCUCUCUGUGCCUCAGUUUUCCCAUGCAUUAAAAAUAAAAUAAAAUAAAAUAAAAUAAAAUGGGGAUUCUAACGUUUGUAAGUGCUUUGAGAUCCUUGAUUAACAGGUGCUAUUGGAGUGCAAAGUGUUACUCUUGCAUGUUUAUUUUGAGUCAUGAGAUAAUCAGUUUUAACCCAAAGUCAUUGGAUUAUUUAUAUGAAGUCCAUAAUGUUCGCGUACCUCAGGGACAUUUAAGAGUUGGAGGUGCAAAUAUAUUCCAAAAGGGUGCAACAGACACAGUGUAUCCCCCCCGCCUUCUGUUUUUGUAUAUUUUUGCUACUUGGUUUUUCUUCCUCAUCGCUCUUUUGUGCUUGGUCUGUGUUGUCUUAAGAUGCAGUAUCCUGUACCAGCUUAUAAUAUUCCCAUACCAAAGUCAUGGGGAAGCCAACAUUAUUUUGUUUUUGGUUUAUUUAUACUAUAUUCUGCAUACAGUACUUUAAAUGCCAAUUACAGUGCAAUCUUUAUUUAUUGUAAAAUUUUUUAAAUGUACUUAUGUACUAAUUUUCCCCUGUAGCAUGUUAUUUUUUGUGUGUUUUAUACUUUUGUAAUUUUAGGUCAGUCUUGUUCCUUGGCAACAUCUGUAGUAUUAUCAACCUUCUGACAUUUUCUUGUGUUUUUAAAGAUAAGAGCAUCUAGUGCAUUAAAUGCCAAAAAAAAAAAUAAAAUCCAUUAUCAGUGAUUGAAACGUUUACAUGUACCCAAAAAAUCAUAAUCAUCUCUUAAAGAAAGUGCUAAGAUUAAUGAAUUAUUCUGUGUGCCUAUAUUGAUGUAGUAAGUACUAGAGAGUUCUGUAUUUUGUUAUUGACUAUAAUAAUUAGUUUAAUUAGCCUUGCAAACUGAUGAUAUCAAGGUAAAUAUAUUUUUGCCAAAGUCUGGCCUUCCAAAAUGUAUCCCUCUAUUUAAUUGUGUAUUAUAUAACCCACUGUAACAUUGCAUCUGCAUUUUGAGACAAUUUCAAGCAGGUGUUUUGGGAAGAAGGCAUUUUUCAAGCAAUGAAGAUUCAAAUGAGUACAAGAACCUCGUUUGCAGAAAGAAAAAAAAAAUGUCCCUUUUUGGAAACACUUUAGAACUGCUGCUACAAAGGACAACUGCUCUGACUCAGUUGAGAUUUUUUUAAAUGAAAUAAUACUUUAGGCCAAAAUUACUAUGAAUAUUGGAUCUUUCUGAGAUUUUCAUACUACCAGAUUUAACCACCAGAAAGCAGAAGUGUGCAAAACACUAGCUGACGGCACUUUAUUUUAUUGCUCUCCUUUAUUUGGUAUUCAUCAUAACCCCUCAGACAGAAAGUUAUUACUCUAUAUGGCACUGUUUUCUAUCACAAAUAUGUAUAUGUGAUAUUGAUAUAUAACUAUAUAUAUUGCCAUUACGCGUGAACAAUAAAAUAAAGUGUUAUGUUAACCUUCUCUCUCUGCCCUUUUGCAGUAUGUAGGAAUGAGUGCGUGGCUUUCUGAUGCUCUGUAUGUCAAACUCAUCCCUGGCACAAGAAAUUCCAGUCAUGUGAAGCAAACUGCCCUUUGUCCUCAAAGAAAUUGUUUAAAAAAACUUUUUUAAAAGAUUUUUUUCAUAUUACCUGCCUUGUUCUUAUCAACUUGAAAUGUUGACAUUUUCUAACUGUGUUUUGUUGGCUACAGUAAUUCAGUAUUCCUGUCAAAAUUGAAAAGUGCCCUAAUUGAAUGUGUUUGAAUGUUAUCCUUGCACAAUUCUUUAAAUUUAAAGACAAAAUGUUUUACCUCACUGUUGGACAUACAUUCCAAUCUUUUCAACUUUAGGAGAAAAAGAAAUAAUCAUGUUUUCCUGUAUUGUAAAUUUUAGACUAUUUCAUAUACAUUGUAUUGAAACUGCCAUAUCAAUUUUAAUGUAUAGAUUUUGCAAAUACUAUGCUAUAUGUAAUAACCUAACUGUAUCUGUAGUGUAUAUGUAAUAUAUUUAUGCCCAAUAAAUGUUUUAAUUCUUUCUGA